AUGUCCGCUCUCAAGUUCAAACUCGAGCCCGAUGGACUUGGAAGGCCUCUAGAUCAGCCUAGUGAAAUUAAAGAGCCUUCCCUCGCCCAAACCUACGACGCUUUCCAAAUUUUCAACGAGUACCUCCAACCGGACACAAAAACUUCUCAUGAUUCGGCAGUGGAGUCACUCCUCGCUCUUGUACCCAAAGCCGACAACGACCAAGAGGUCAUGACGAUCAUCAACGUAGUUCUGGAACUUGCAGAGCAGAUACCAUAUUAUCAUCCAUCACAUAUCAAGCUCGCUCGCAUUAUGGAAGAGUUCUCUUGCCACAGUAGAUUCACCUGGAAGCUACUUGACGAUGAGUUUGCAUUCGUUGAGUAUUACUUAUUGGAAGUAAUGCACCAGCGCGUUGGUCCAUCCGAAGAAGACCCUCAAGCCUGGCCAAACUUCAAUGCCUUCCUUGCUCAUGCACAAUCCAGAGGUGUUGGGCCCAAAGAGCCAGAAUGGGCCCUUGAGACCUUGCGUGACACAUUUGAAAGAGGUAUAGAUCCCUCGAAUUUCAGAGACUUCUCCAACUUCGAGGGGGAGCGAGACCAGGAGAUCAUUGCUGCAGCCCAGUACAUUCUCUGGGAUGGACAAAGCAUGUUCAAGCGAUGUCUAUGUCCGGUGCCAGGGGAUAUGGGGCACGACAGCUAUAAUCGCUUGAGAGAUGGUUAUUAUAUGUUUUCUCUGGGGAGGUGGCGGAGGUGGAAGAACGGGUUCAAGAAAAACGCAGAGGAAGAAAACGGUGUGGGUGAAGAAUGUCGAAAGGUGUGUGCAAAGACGGCCGCUCUGAUGGAGACCAUGGAGGCGAGCAUGCGUUUCUAG